AUGGUCACGCAGCCAGCGCCCAUGGACAAGGGCCUCACCGUCCACCACGAGGCCACGGUCCGGCAGCUCGCCGAGUACACCACCCGGCUGCUCCAAAACAUGGCAACCUCGCGCGCCGACGAGCGCGCCUACGCCGAGCUCCUCGCCGAAAACGUUGAGCGCGUCGGCCAGCGCGCCUGCUGGAUCGUCCGCUCCGCCAUCAACCCGAGCGAGCAGACGCGCAUCCUCGCCGCGGCCAGCCCGUGGCUGCACGAGAUCCGCGCGAGGCUCGAGGAGCGGGCGCGCACGCAGACGGAUCCCGACGGCACGUCCCGAACCGUCGCCGAAUGGCCGUUUGACGACGAAGACCUCACGAGGCUCAUGCGGCAAGCAGACAGGAUUGACGCCGAGGCUGUCCGCAUCGACGAUGCUCGUCAGGCGCUGAUCCCCUCCAAGGCCCCUGCGGUCCUCUACGAGGACAAGCUCGAGGAUCUCCGCGACAGGCUCAUGCCGGAGCGCUGCCUGGGGCCGUGGAUCAAGUUUGCCAGCAUCCGGCAGUGGCUCGACCACUGCGACGCGCAGCACGCCGCGCACUGCCACCUCUCGGAACAGAGCCGCGGCAUCUUUGCGCACCACCCCAAGUGGCUCGUCGACGUCGAACGGCGCUGCCUCGUCGAGGCGCGGCCCGGGCAGCGGUACCUCGCCCUGAGCUACGUCUGGGGCCCGCACGCCGCCUUCCAGACGCUCAAGAGCAACGUCGCGGCGCUACAGCACGCCGGCGCCCUCGUGCCGUCGUCCCUCCCAGAAAUCGCCCGUGAGGAGCCCGGCGCAACCACACGGCCGCAGAUUGCCGGUAUUGACAAAUUGGCCCGCACCGUCGCCGAUGUCAUCGAGUUUGCGGACCGCCUCGACGAGCCGUAUCUCUGGGUCGACGCGCUCUGCAUCGUGCAGGACGACGACGUCCACAAGCAGGAGCACCUCGCCCACAUGGGCAGCAUCUACGCCAACGCCUACGCCACCAUUGUCGUCGCCAACGGCGGCGGCGCGCACCGCGGCCUGCUCGGCAUCCAGGACGUCACGCCGCCGAUGGACCGCGUCGGCCGCCGCCGCGGCGUGCCGUACACGCCGUGGUACGUCCGCCGGCCGGGGUCCAUGGCCGCCGCGGUGCAGAGCCACAUGGCCGCCCUGCAGCGCUCGGCGUGGAACCAGCGCGCGUGGACGUUUCAGGAGCAGAUCUUCUCGCGGCGGCUCAUCGUGAUCGACGACGCGGCCGUCGCAUGGGAGUGCCACUGCAACGUGUGGCUCGAGGGCGUCGCUGCCGUCGAGGCGCAGUGCGCGCGCAACACGGCCGUCGUCGCGCAAGGCUUCUCGUUCCACGCGGACCCGACGUUUCGCGACUACGCGGACCACGUGCGUCAGUACAACCGGCGGAGGCUGAGCUACCCGGAGGACUCGAUGGACGCAUUUGCGGGCAUUCUCACGGUGCUGCAGACUACGUUUCUGGGGGGCUUCGUGUGCUGUCUACCAGUCAUGUUCUUUGAUACGGCUCUGCUAUGGUACAAUGAGGGCAUGGUGGGGGAGCGCGUGCCGAAGCAGCGGCGCCAAGGGGACGGCGGCCUGGCCCCGACGUGGUCGUGGGCUGCGUACGAUGGCACGAUUGAGUUUCCAGAUUUUUCGACGGCCAAGGAAGGGGUGCGGCCGCUCGUGCGAUGGAAGUACUGCCGCGGUGACGUGAAGAUGUGGGAGCCGGUGCUCUCGCUGGAGAAGCAGCAGUCGGAGAAAAAGUUUCCCACAGUGGCACAGCUGCAGGAGCUCGUGGAGGCCAUGAGCCUUGAAGAUGGCGGCCCAGCACCUGCAGGCGAGCCCGAGUUUCCUGAAGGUGCUGGGAGCGCGUAUCACCAUCUUCUGCAUGCGCGGCCGGAGCGAGCCGUUUUUAACGUCCUAGAGUACUAUGGCGAUGAGGGCGUCCCGCUCGUGGGCGCAUCUGGAGAGUGCGUCGGCGUGCUCACUCCGUGCAAGAAAAUCGGGAGCCAUGCAGUGGACGCCAAGACUGUGAUUUCAUGCGAGCUCGUGGCUGUUUCAGAGUCGUUUAUCAGCGGCAUGGAGACGUACAACGUGCUGUGGAUCGAGAAGAAGGGUGCGGUAUACGUGCGCAAGGGCGUGGGCCGGAUUCUCAAGUCAGACUGGGUGUGCCAAAAGCCGGAGCGAAUGGACUUGGUGCUGGUGUAG